AUAAAACGGAGAGAGCUUCGGAUCUGCAAAAGGUCGUGACGGAGCCUGCAGUCUGUUUGUGUAACAGGAUCACCUAGAGCUCCACAUUCGCUGAAACUCUCUUCUUCUUCUUCUUCUUCUUCUUCUUCUCUCUGGUUCAUCAAUGGCUCCAUUCUCUUCCUCCGCUGAUUCAUGUCCAAUGGUAAAGAACAUUCUUCUGCUAGACUCUGAAGGGAAGCGUGUGGCUGUCAAGUAUUACUCAGAUGAUUGGACGACUAAUGCUGCUAAGCUGGCCUUUGAAAAGCAUGUGUUCUCGAAGACCUCUAAGACCAAUGCUCGUACAGAAGCUGAGAUCUCACUGUUGGACAAUAAUAUCGUCGUCUACAAGUUCGCCCAGGACCUACACUUCUUUGUAACUGGGGGUGAAAACGAAAAUGAGCUCAUCUUAUCUUCUGUUCUUCAGGGAUUUUUUGAUGCUGUUGCACUUCUUUUGAGAAACAAUGUGGACAAGAUGGAAGCACUUGAGAAUUUGGAUCUCAUCUUUUUGUGCCUUGAUGAGAUGAUUGAUCAGGGGAUGGUUCUCGAGACAGACCCCAAUGUCAUUGCGGGAAAGGUGGCAAUGCAAAGCACCGAAGCUGGCGGGUCACUGUCCGAACAGACGUUAACUCAAGCACUUGCGACGGCACGCGAGCACUUGGCCAGAAGCCUUCUCACAUGAUUUUUCCUCUGGGAAAUGUGCUUCAUCAGCCUUUUGUUGGAAAGAAUCCUUUGGUAUUUGGUAUUACUGGAUUUGGAUCUCCUCCAUAUGUUAGGGUUGUUCUCUCCACUUCUAAGCUUUUUGUUUGAUCUGUUUGUUAUUCAUGUCCUGUCUUUAUAGAUAAAAACCUCUGACUCCCCCGUCUUAGAUUUUUUAACGAAUUGAAUCAUAACCAGAAACCACAUGAUGGAAACUUUAUAUAUA